AAGAAACUGAAAAAAGUCGACAUUGUGUCCAGUUUUCGUGCACAAUGACAGGUAUUGUUGUGUUUGCGCUUAUGAUUAUGGCUGUGACAGCAGGAAAUCAACAAAGCAACAGCAAAGAAAAGCGAAGUGAUCUUACGAAGGACAUCCUCAGCGAAGCAAGUUGUCGUUAUCUCAAAACCCACGGGUAUUUGGACAAGGACGCGAACUGGAGAAAACUAUGUCUCAAAACGAACAACCAGUGCAAAGAUGUCUUCUCGAGUAYUACCUGCUGUAUUGCWAAAGCAAGAAACGAGUGCAUUAAUAACUCUACAGUAAGCAACGUGUAUUGCAAGUUCACCUGCAACAAGUGUUCAAUCUCGCCUUGUAUUAAAAGUGAUGCACUUGGUAUGGAAAGUAAAGCCAUCCCUGAUAACAGAAUCUCUGCCUCGUCAUACUCAUGGAACUCGUAUGCACCACAGCAUGCAAGAUUAAAUCACAGGUCGGGUGGAGGUUGGGCACCAAACCAAAUUAACGGCAGAGAAUGGCUGCAAGUUCACCUCAGGGGUACCCACUGGGUCACAGGAAUAGCAACUCAAGGCUCUGCUAUGAAAUACCAAUGGAUGACAAGCUACAUAAUUCAAUAUGGCAUGGAUGGUUUAAACUUUACCCCUUAUCAGUCCGGAAAAGUGUUGACGGGAAAUAACGAUACAAAGACAGUGGUAAAGCAUGAUUUAAAUCCUCCAAUUGCUGCAGAAUACAUACGGGUCAUUCCUAAAGGUAUUAAAGGCUGGGCGGUGGUCCGAAUGGAGCUGUAUGGAUGCAAAAAAGAACGAAUACAAGAAUGA